GAAAGAGCAGCAGAGGAAGAAACACCUUAAAUUCAGACAUAAAGAGAAGAGAAAACUGAAACCUGCCCAUUCUCAAAUCUACCAUUUACAAUGCUAAUGAGGUCUCACUCAGAAAGAAGAGCCCUCCCUGGGUUUUCAGCCUUGUUGACACAUAGCACUCCAAAACAGAGAGAUGUGACUUCCUCACCUCCCUUAUCCUUCACCCCAAGGGAGCUUAUCUUUACACCUACAUCUCUAACUUCACCUCCUCCAUGGGUGACCCAGGCACUUUCAAACCUAGAGCAAGGACAACAAGAACUUCAGGGCCUCAGGGAGCGACAACAAGUCGAAGUGGAGGAGGUAAAUCGAGAGCUGGACAAUGCUGUGAUUGAAGCGCAGCGAGAGGAGCGGCACCUUCUUGAAAAGAUUGAAAAGGAACACAGGGAAGCCCAGCGAUGCCUUAUCCAAGUGAAGAGGGAGAAUGCUGCAGCUUUUCGAGUUGUGCAGUCACUUGUUGAUCAGCAGCUUAGAAAAAUUGGCCAUCUGAUGGAACAAAUUCAAAGAUGGGGCAGUACUGCUGGCGGAGCCAACAAAAAUCAGCUUCAAAGAGGUGUGGCUGAGGUCACACAGCCAUGGGAAAUCUCUUUAACACUCAAAAGCGUCAGUUUCUUACCAAGUCCACAGUCCAAGGCCUUAAAUUUUGGGGAAGUUGACGUACGUGAGCAGGGUAUGACCUACUCCAUUGGUGUUUGUGGUCUCCAGGGACAGAAGUGUUCCUUGCAUUCAGGUGAUACAACAUUUUCAAACACAGCUCCUCUUGAAAUCCGAAAGGAACCACAAUCAAACAAAGGUGGGCAAAGGUGCACCCCAGAAGAGAAUAAUAAGACAAACAGUGGGAGUCUGCGGGUUGUCCGGAAGCUACAUCUGUCAAGCUCUACAGAGACUGAGGAAGAACUUAAAACACCACAGUCUCCCACACCAAGACAUCGUGGUAUAUCUGAGUCUUCCCAAGAUGAGGAGGAAGAAUCUGUGUGUUCAGACACACAGGGACAAGAUCUUUUCCUUGCCAUCCCAUCAGCCUCCAGUCAAGGAGAAUCAGAAGGUGAUGACUCUGAUGGCAGAAACAAUGGAAGGAAAAGGAACAACACAGUGAAAGGAAAAAGAAGACAAAAGGCCCUUGUCCUGGUCUCAUGUGAAGAGCCAUCUUGCCCUCCUGAAGAAACUCAUGGAAAAUGCAGGGAGGCAACAAAAUCUCCACCGAUCAGACACAAAGGUUCAUUCUCCAGGCAGAGUCUUGUGGACCUUUCCUCAAGACAUCUUUCACUAUCACAGCAAGGCCUCUCAAAGAAGAAGACCUUUAUUGAAUCAUCAAUGGACAGCACAAGCCCACCAUCCCCAGUGGACAGCGAGGAUUCCUGCUACACCUACAUCUUGAAUACUCCAGUGGAUGGAUCUCUGAAGAAAGAGCACUGCUGUUCGGUGUCCACUGCUGACCUUUCUGGUAAACUACAGCCUUUAGUUAGUGGUAGAUGCAAGGAAAUCAGAAAGGUCAACCGAAUGCGUCUUGCCUCUGAGCCUUCAAAUUUUGAGCAAGGCCAAGAAAACUGCACAGAGUCUAACAAGAACAUCACAAGCUCUCUGACUGGUGUUACCCAGGGUUUGAAUGGAAACCAGGUGAGCAGGUCUCUGUCAAUGUCAACCAUUGAAGGUGAUAAAUUACAUGAAGUCAAGGAAACACAGCGAUACAAUUACAAGAAUGAGACAGUUGGGCCAGUUUUGAGGGACCUGGAGGCAGAGGUUGGUUCAUCUGCACUUGACUCAGCUUAUCUGGUUAAACAGUUUGGAAAACAAGGCUCAGGCCGAACUGACUUCAACUUGCCAAGUGGUGUCCAUGCAACUGUUAGAGGGCAGCUAUUUGUUGUGGAUUGUGGUAAUGCCCGAAUUCAAGUGACAGAUCUCCAGAAGAAUGUUGUACAGCAGGUGUCGCCUUCAGGAUCAGAAAGGUCUUCCCGUAUCUGCAACUACUUUGAUGUGGCUGUGAACUCAAAGGGUCUCAUUGCCUUGACCUGUGCUGCUGAACGAGCCGUGUUGGUGUUCAGUCGUCAUGGACGCCUCCUGCAAACAUUUGGAGGCACAAUGAUUGGUUCCACCAAUGAAGAGCUGGAUGCUCCCAGAGGGGUUACUGUUACACAAGGCGAUGAGUUCUUGGUUGCUGAUAUCAAACGCGGAACUUUAACCGCCCUAAAACUGGAUCCUAAAACUGGGGCCAGGCUAGAGCGAACAGUGGUAACCGGAUAUCACAGACCCUACUUGGUGGCAGCCUGCCUCACCACUGGACUCAUGGCUGUAUCAGAACGGGGCAAUGAAUCUGGACGUGUUCCAUGUAUCCGAGUCCUGGAGCCUGGCUGGAACACUAUUCGUAUUCUUGGUGUGUGCUCUGGUCUGGGACCUGUCCUGACUUGCCCCUGGGGCCUUUGUAUUGACCGUGAUGGGGAUGUCCUGGUGGCUGACUGGGAAAAGCAAUGGCACCGUGUUCUUAUCUAUCCAUCCAAGGGAGUUGGCUGGCCUCUGGUGACCAACAACCUGAACAGUCCACGGGGUCUGGCACUUCUCCCUGAUGGCCAUGUGGUCGUGUCAGACAGCAUGAAUCACUGCAUUAAGAUCUAUCGCUACAAAUGA